GGCCGGAGCUGGGGCGGGUCCGGUGGAGGGAGGUGGGCGCCGGGGUGGGCCCCCUGCCGGGGCCUGCGCGGGGCUGAGCCCGCGGCCGUGCCGGGAUGUCGCGCUCGGUGUCUGCCGGGGCGGGCGGCGGCCGGUCCCUGUCGGGGGAGGGCGCCCGGCGGCGGUGGGAGCCGGCGGUGCCUCCCUGCCCGGUGCUAGGCCCCGGCUCCGCGUGGGGGGCCGUUCCCCUGUGCGGGGCCGCUGCCGCCGGGCAGCCUUGCUGGUUGAACCGGCGUCGGGGACACGGGGACAGGUUUUACUGCGGGGGUGCGGUUGUCGCGUCCCGGCCGAGCCGUGACCCUGUGUCCCCGUCCCGCCGGGCGCUGAGGUUCGGCGCAAGGGAGGGGGAUGCGCGACGUGUUGUCAGCGUUCCCUGUGGUGAUAGAGAGGGUCCCUGGAGCGGGAAGUUACCGCGAACUUCAGUGGAAGACACAGCGUCUUCCAAAAUGCAGGUUAAAUAUCCAUACAGUCCAUUACGCCUGGCAUUCUCGGGCUGCGCAGUCGUGGAAUCUUUUGCUUCUAAUUACUGCCUUACCGCCUAAUGAAGCAUUAAAAGAAAUAGAUGAUGUCUAUGAAAAAUACAAGUCAGAAAAUGAUCCUGUUCAGAAGAAACGCUUGCAGCAGCAUCUUCAGCGUGCGUUAAUCAAUAGCCAAGAACUUGGAGAUGAAAAAAUUCAAAUAGUUACUCAAAUGCUAGAACUGGUAGAGAAUAGAGCCCGGCAAAUGGAAACACACUCUCAGUGUUUUCAAGAUCUGUCUGAGAAUGAAAAGCCUCUAGAAAAGGCAAAGAUGGAGUCCUGCCAGCCAGAGAGAUCUUCGCGUAGACCUCGUCGCCAGCGAACCAGCGAAAGCCGUGACCUGUGCCAUAUAGCAAAUGGGAUUGAUGACUGUGAUGAUCAGCCACCUAAAGAAAAAAGAUCUAAAUCUUCCAAGAAGAAAAAACGUUCCAAAGCCAAACAAGAGAGAGAGGUUUCACCUGUAGAAUUUGCAAUUGAUCCCAAUGAACCAACUUACUGCUUAUGCAACCAAGUGUCUUAUGGUGAAAUGAUAGGAUGUGAUAAUGAACAGUGUCCUAUUGAGUGGUUCCACUUUUCGUGUGUUGGACUCACCUACAAACCAAAGGGGAAAUGGUAUUGCCCCAAGUGCAGAGGAGACAAUGAGAAAACAAUGGACAAAUGUACUGACAAAUCGAAAAAGGAUAGAAGGUCGAGGUAGUGAAAGCAAUUCAUGUUUUAAAGAGUUGCUCCUUUUAUAUUAAAUGUUUAAUUUCCAGAGAACGCUGUUUUAGGAAAUGCAUAAGACUAUGCAAUAAUUUUUAAUCUAUAAUAUUAAUGGAGUAUUAAAAGCUGUUAUACCUUCUGUGAUCUUUAACUUUCUGCACUGAAUAACCAAAUAGUUGAAACAGGGUGGCUUUAGACCUUCACAGAAGACAUUACAAGCAUAUGGCGCUUGGUUUCAAUUUAACCCCAUUAGUAUAUUUUUUAAAAAAAAACCCAUGUGAAUCUUGAAAUAAUGGUGGUGGGAAAGAUACUGAAGGACUUUUCAUGAUAUGGGAAAGGCACUGAAAGGCCUCAUGUAACUGCUAGAAUCUUAACAACUGAAUUUAUUCUUUAUCCCAGGUCUUAAGUUUUCAGUUUGUGUUAACAUCACACCCUUGCAAUUAAGGCAUUUUAAUUCAGCUGUAACUGUAAAAGUCUUCCGAGCUAAAAGCAGACCUCUUCAGUGACUUUCAAAUGACCAGUAUGUUAUUUCAAGAAAGAAAGUACCACUAACUUAAGCGCCUUUUUUUUUUUUUUUUGGUCAAUAUUAAACUCUUGUCUUUGUGACUUUACACUUGGGAGUCAAUUUUUGGAUAUGAUAGAAUUAUGCUGUAUAAGCAGUUUUGGAUACUUUUAGUGGGUUUUGUUGUAGUUCUGUCAAACAACCUGGUGUGGUCUUUAUUGUUCAAGAUGGUCUGUCUAAUGCUGAAACUUUUCUUUAUUAUGUUUUGCCACUGCCUAUAUAAGCUUUGAAGUGGUAUAAGGAUUCUUUGAGAGGGGUUAUGUUAUAUUGGGGAACAGAAAUUGCAAAUGUGAUGGAAUCUUGAUCCUAAUGGAUCUCUAGAGAGCUGAGACAUGACUGGUAUUCUCUGGGAUGUAAACUUUGCUUUUCCUCAAGUGGUGUUUGGGUACAUGUGUGGCCACACUUGUGUUUAGGCACAGCACCACAGUUCUUGGACUUGGCAACUGUCUAAAAAGCCUGAAGCACAAGCUUUCAAUAAAAGUUUUGAUAGAGAAUAAAAAAUCAAAACAUAAGUACUACUGGCACAGAGCCAGUAGACAAAUCCCAGCAGGUUUCUGACAGGCUAAGUUAACUGUGUUGUCCUGAAAUAUGCCAGUAGUGUUGAAACACUACUUGGGUGGUAGUUAAAAGUGAAUUUCCUCACCUCCAGGCCUUAAAGUAGGUAGAAAAAAAGAUGAAAACAGCUGUUUCUGCUCCUUUGCAAUGGGAGAUGCUAAUAGAGGAGAAGUGAGAGGUGUACCUGUUGUAUCAAAGCUUACACCUAAGGUUCAUGCCCAACAGCGUUCUUCCUUGAGACUGCCUGUGCCCUGGCAAGGCAGACAGAGCAGCUCUGCAGGGCUGGGUGUGGUGGUCCUCACUAGGUGGGCUGCAGGAGCUCUGAAGUCCCCGUAGGUCUCUGCUCUUUUCUGCUAAGGUCUCCCUUGACAGCACAGAGGGAGAAGUGGCAUCAUCUCUGGGCAAGCCUGAUUGCGAAGCAGUUGUGCUGAGUUGAGAGCAGCCCAGAAGGGUGAUGAGUGAAAGCAAGCCCUGAUGGAUGAAUGCCAUCAAAGCUCUCACCAGCAUCUCCACUAGAGGGCUGGGGUGGUUGGGGCUGGAUGCGCUGCACUUGGAAGCCUCCAUGCUGUUGGGCCAGAUGGUAUGAAUCAAUGCACAGGACUGUAACUAAUAUAAGCUACGUAAAAUACCGAGCCUGUUUCCACAGUUAUGAUCCGAUUCCUUCACAGAAUUUAGCAUUUGCAAGUAAUACUAGUUAACAUAUGGCAGGGGAGCGUAAAGCCAGCAUUUUGAAUUUUUGCUUUGAAUUUUAGCUUUAAGUGGUGUAGCUCUGCUGCGGAGACCUGCACGACAGUAAGCAAACAGCUCUUACAGAGAACUCCUGUUAAGGGCUGUGACCAUCAGGAGGAUAGGAGGGAAGGCAAAGCUUAUCCCAAGGCCCUGUCCUGCUUCCCACGCUAGUGGUUAAUUUGAGAUUGCAAAGAUAGGCUUCUUCAGGGGGUGGAUCAUUGCUACUAAUGUUGCAUGGAGAAGAAGAAUGAGGCCAGCUGUUGGAGACAAGUGUCUUAAGUCCUCCUUUGCUUUUUACUCCUUUUUCUGUUUGUUACAUCUUAAUGAUUAUAUUUCCUUUUUGAGAAGACUAGCUGGAAGCCUUGGACUGGGGAUUGUAUCAACAUCUAAUGUCUACCUAAUGUCAAUGCUCCCUAGUAUUAACAAACAAACAUAACUUAAGUAAACACUGAAGCUGCAGAACAAAGUACAAGCGAGAUUUUAACUGUUAAUAUUACUAAUUUAUCUUGAAAAGUAUUGGUUUAAUUUCUACUUGCUAAAUCAAAAAUACUUUUUUCCAAGGCAGAGAAGAAAGCUGGGAGCCUGAUAUAAUUGUUCAUUGGAAUAAUUGUUGAAAUAGGAGGUAUAUACAGAAAGAAAACUUUAGAUUCUGAAAGUGGUCCAGAUAAAUAUCUAUAAUGCGGGGAUGCUUUCUUUUAUGCUAAUGGCCCUUCUAGUAGGGAAUAUGAACUCCCAGGGUUUCCAGUGAAAGAUAUUGCUAGGGAAACAGCAUUUACCUAUUCCAUGAAAUUGCUCAAUACAGAAAUAAUUCAGUUAACAGGAAGACUAGCAGUGUGCCUUGAAUAUACACGGUUGCAUAUAAAAUUAUUUCUUUUAAACAAUCUGGUUAUUUUGUCAUUAAAACUCACAUGAGAAAAGA